ACCUUCUAGCAGUUUAUAUGGGUGGUAAUUAGAGUUUGGAGGCAAGGAGGAUGAGGCAGCUUGGACCAACUCUACGAUAAAGAAUCCAUCAUACAAUUUUCAAUUUCGCUGCAUUUUCCAAUCUAGAAGAUCGUGGAGAGCCAAAGUUCAAGAAGCAUGAGGAAGAGAACUGAGGGAAUUAGAGAGGAGAUUAAAAGACAAAAAAAAAAAAAAAAAACCAACAAUAGGCUAUUAAAGAGCAACUAGCAGUUAGAAUCGAAGGCAUUGGAUGUGAGAUUUGAGAAGAGAUCGGAAGGACGAGAAAACUACUUUCUUAGCGGCAUUUCUAAAGGAUGAGAUUGGUUCCAUCCCCUAAACUGCAAGAUUAGAAGUUUAGAAUUGGUUUUCGUAUGCUUGAAUUGGGCCAGAAUUCUGACCCACAAUUAAAUCCAAUCCAAGACCCAAUUCCAUACAGUAAUCGUCUUUCCGGGUUCUGGUCCGGUCCACCGCGGCUCCGUCAUGAUGGGGUCGCCAUCACUCACCAGCAACUUCAACAGAACCCUCUCUUUUCCCUCCGUCGUUUCCCGCCAAAUCCUCUCCCACCUCAUCUUCUUCUCCUUCGUUUAGCAGUCAUUCGAUUGAGAGUCAUACAUAGAGACUUAAAGGCCAGCAACAUUUUGCUUGAUGAUGAGAUGAAUCCAAAAAUAUCUGAGUUGGGAUGGCUAGAAUAUUUGGAGUCAAUGAAUCUAAAGCAAAUACAAAUAGAGUUGUUGGAACAUAUGGUUAUAUGUCCUGGGAAUUUGCUUUCCAUGGGCUUGUUUCAAUCAAAACUGGUGUAUUUAGCUUUGGAGUUCAGCUGCUGGAGCUUGUAAGUGGCGGGAAGAAUACGAGCUGCUAUCUUUGUUCGUUUUGUAGGCUUGGGGAAAUAUUAAAGAUUUGAGUUAAAAUAGUACCAUGCUCUUUGUACAAGCAAUAUAGCCUUGGUUUUCUUUGUGUGUGCCACACAAUUUCUAUCAGACCUGGUAGCUAUGGAUUCAAGGGGGAGGCUUAGAGUUAAUGGAUGCUACUAUGGAUGAAUUUUGCCCUCAUAAUCAAAUAUUAAGAUGCAUACAUAAUUACAUAUUGGCCUCUUGUGCGUGUAAGACCAUGUGCCAUGGAUAGACCCACUAUGUCAGAAGCUGUUUCAAUGCUUUCAAAUGAGACAAUGUCGCUGCCAGAGCCAAAACAACCAGCAUUUUUCAUCACCGCUACUAUUGUAAAAGAAGCAGAUCAUUUAUGAUGGAAAUUUAGAAAUUCAUUACUCAUGAGGAAUUAACAAACUCUUCCUACGCAAGUUUAUAAAUUUGGCAGGUGAGG